AUGGGACCGAUAAAGACGGUCUCAAAGGGUGGUGCACGAUCCGUAUUGACAUUCGUGGAAGACUACUCAAGAUUAGUGGCAGCGUACUUCAUGAAGCACAAGAGCGAGGUGGCCGCAAGGCUUAGCGAGUUUAAGGAUUUCUUUGAGAAUCAAUGGGGCAAGCACUUGAAGUGUAUACGGUCGGAAAACGGGACGGAGUUUGUCAACAAGAAGAUUUUCCAUAUAUGCGCCCGUAACGGUAUCAUGCACCAGCGGAUAGUACCAUAUAGUCCGCAACAGAACGGCGUUGCGGAACGCAUGAAUCGCACUAUCAUGGAGAAAGCAAGGAGCAUGUUGUACUACAAGGGUAUCGACAUGCAGUGGUGGGCAGAGGCGGUCAGUACGGCUGUGUACUUGAUCAACAGAUCCACAAACUCUGAAAAUUCGGACGUAACACCGUUCGAGGUUAGUUUCAAAAUGAAGCCGAGUAUUGAGCAUUUGCGUGUGUUUGGAUCGCAAGGGUAUGCUCACAUCGAAGAGCUGCUCAGUCGAGGCGGAUAUGGAGAGGUGUACAUUGGGAGGUAA